AUGGAAAUUCUAGGCACGUGCAAGCCGAGCGCAGAAGAAGGGCACGUCGGCAAGUUUGUGUUUGUAACCCACUACGUUGACAAUAUCAUGUCGUAUAGCCAGAACUUUGUAGGCGCUACCUACCCCGUCCCCGCUGUCUCCGUCACCCACGGUGCAAUGACGCCGAUUGAUGUGAUCAAGACGCGUAUUCAGCUUGAUCCUGCGGUCUACAACAAGGGUAUGUUUGGUACGCUCCGCCAGAUUGUUGCUGGUGAGGGCGCUGGUGCGCUGCUUACCGGUGUCGGUCCCACGUUUGCUGGCUACUUUUUGCAGGGUGGUCUUAAGUUCGGUGGCUACGAGAUCUUUAAGAAGAUGAUUGUUGAGAAGAUCGGUAUCGACGCCGCGCAGCAGAACCGCAUGAGCGUCUAUCUCGGUGCUUCUGCGGCCGCCGAGUUUGUUGCCGACAUUGCCCUUUGCCCGCUCGAGGCCACUCGUAUCCGUCUUGUCUCUCAGCCCACCUUUGCCAACGGCCUCAUGGGCGGGUUCGCCCGUAUUGCGCGUGAGGAGGGUCUCCGUGGCUUCUACGCCGGCUUUGGCCCCAUUUUGCUCAAGCAGGUACCCUACAACAUGGCCAAGUUUGCCACCAUGGAGGUUGUUCUCGAGAAAUUGCUUAGCGUCACUAACAGGACCAAGCUGUCGCUCUCUCCUCGCGAGGCUACCGUUUACAACCUUGGCUCUGGUCUGAUUGCCGGUUUCGCUGCCGCGACCAUCUCGCAGCCUGCUGACACCUUGCUCUCCAAGAUCAACAAGACUAAGGGUCUUCCCGGCGAGAGCACUGCCAGCCGCCUUGCCGGCAUGGCCAAGGAGCUCGGUGUCAAGGGUCUUUUCACCGGUCUUUCUACCCGUCUUGUUAUGGUCGGUACGCUUACUGCGCUCCAGUUCGGUAUCUACGGCGAUCUUAAGCAGUACCUUGGUGCUACCAACGCUGUCGAGAUCUCCAAGGUGGUGGCCUAA